AUGCCUCAGAUGAAUCCGCUUUCCGGCUCGUACGCGCAGUUGCAGCCGCAGCCCGGGCAGCCGGCGUCCCCCACCAAUGUCGUACGCCCUGGGCAGGGCAGCUUUCAGCUGCAGCGCCCAGUGGGGAGCCUUGGUGCCAUGGACGGGGCACCUCAAGUCAUGAUGCAACCGGGUCAGGGAAUGAGGACCGUGCCGGCCAACGCUUCCAUGGGACAUGGACCGUCUCGAGAGCAGGCGCUGCAGCAGCGCGUCGCCGAGUUGGAGGAGGCCUUGAGGGGCAAGGACCAGGAGAUCAAGGAGCUCCAAACGGCUCUUAGCCGGGCGGGUAUAAAGCUUCCUUCCAGCUUCGCCAAGAAGGCCAAAGCGCGAGAAAAGGUCGGCAGCGGCGGCUUUCGGAAAGUCUCGCAGUCGCAGCCUGCGGUGCCCUACGAAGCCAUUGACCAGGCCACUCCUUUGCCCGCAGACGCAGCCUGCGGUGCUCCGCUCCUCUCUGAGUCUCAGACACCCACUCAGUCGCAGGAGGAUCCGAUUGACCUCCGCCUGGAAGAGUUCUACAAUGGCACGGGCUCGGGGUUCAAGGGACAACGGGAAUCCUUGGUCGGAUGUCUCGCUUCUGAUGCAAAGCGUCAGGACGGAUGGAACCGAAGCAAGUUCGGUCCGAUCGAGAAGUUCCUGAUGUAUUACGAAAAUAUUGAGAGGGAGAAGGCGACAUUGACUUUGAAACGUGAGGAGAAAGCGAGAGGAAGAGAGGGAGAGCCCAGAGUCCACAGUCCACGCAGGCCGGGAUCCUCUUGGAGCCUUGAUGGGGCUUUGACGGCCGUCGGGCACUACGUGACCCUUUCUGAGACGGACAAAGACUAUCCGGUGGAAAUCCAUGGGGAUUUACAGGGCAGUUUCGCCGCGCUCCGGGCACUUCAGAUAUUGGCGGUGUGCUUGAAAAGGUUCGCUCCUGCGACAGCAUGUUGCGUGACAGCAGUUUGCACAUUUACACAACUCCAGAUGUCCAUAGCCACAGCCAUAGCCUUCCUCGUGCCGUUCUUGGCUGGCGAGUGCUUUGGCUUCGGCGGGUUCCGUGCAGCCCUGCUGCAGCCCAGCUCCGGCCUAAGCGACACCAAGCCUCAGGCGGCCAGCAUGCCGGCCAGAAGACCGGCGCCGUUGUCGGAUGACGCCCUCAACGGGAGGAGCAUUGGCGUGGGCGUCGAGGCCACUGUCCAAGGGGCAACGUUGCUAGGUGCCACGAACAACGGCAUCCCGCUCCCGGUGAAGAAUACCUUCAUCGACGUUCCCUCAGGCUUGACGCCCUCAGCCAUGAAGUUGGACACCCCGUACAAUCCACUUCUCACCGCGCCAGCUGACCUGAACCAUGCACCGGGCUUCCUGCAGAGGACACUGGCAUCCGUUACCAGCAGUCCACAGGGUGGUUUGCUACCCAUCUCGCCCGCAGCUGUGAUCCAUCGGCGUGUGGUACAAUCGCCUGUUGCGACUCCUGUGACUCCUUCCCCAUCGGGUGCUAAAUGGGCAAAGUCUGCAGGUCAUGUGGGAGGAACGACAGCCAUCCCGGCUUGUGUUAUUGCUGCACCUUCGCCCACGAGAGCUUUGGCCAUUUCGAGCACUACGUGCACCACAGAGGCCACGCAGCAGGUAGAGCCGCUGGAUGACGAUGAGGACGAUGAUUCCGGAUCCGACCAAGUGGUCCCAGUGCACCUUCGCAAUCCCGAGGACGCGCCGAGGGCUCCGGCUGGAGCCAUACAUCCAUCACUGGGCUCGGAGGGCCAUGAUGAGGGCGGCUGCAAGAGGUGCUGCUUCUUCCCGCGUGGACGCUGCACAAAUGGGUACAACUGUGAGUUCUGCCAUUACGAGCACGAGAAGAGGAAGCGAAAGAACAAGAAGAAGAUCAAGAAGAAGGAGGGUACGCCAAUGGCCGGGGCCAUGUUCCACCCGCUGGACUUGAGGCCUCCACAGAUGCCACCUGCACAGGUUCCUCCAGCACCGCUCGUUCUAUCGCAAGCUCUGCCAAUGCAGGCAUGCGUGCAAUCCUAUGCCGGCUACCCCCCUGAAGCGGAAAGGCCUGUGAAACCACUUCUCAGCGUCCAACCUGUCCAAGCAUACGCCGGACCACCAGCUGAGCAGGCCGUUCCUGGCCAGCACAUCAUCUACGGGCCAACGGUUGGUGCGACGGAUGGGCCGAUGCAAGCCGUUCCCACCAUUGUCAUGACGUCGCAGCCCAGCCAGCAGAUGCCAGCGCAGCCUGUGGUGGCACAGCAGCACUUGCCUCCGCCACCAGCGCAGACAAUGCCUGCCCACAUGGUGCCAACAGCACCAGCACCUUUGCCCCCCCACACAGUACCCUCGAUGCAGACAAUGCCUCACACGGCACCACCCAUCCCUCCUAUGCCCCAUGCAGCCCAUACCCUGGCCCAAACGAUGCCGGCACAGCAGUUGCCGCCCGUGGGCACCUUGCCACCCCACAUUCCGCCACACAUGGUGACACACGCAACGGCACCCGCUGCAGCUUUCUCACCUUAUCAGUAUCCCUAUCACGCAGCAGCACAUCAUCAGGCUUAUGGCGGCGUGCUGGACCCGACUCCGCCGCCGCCGAUGCAGUCUCCGAAGCUCGGGCAGGCAGGCUUCCAGGCCUUCAUGAUGCCUCCUCCAAUGGGUUCCCCCAGGCUGCCCAUGGACAUGAGACCGAUGUUGGGCAUGCAAGCGGCCGCUUAA